AAAUACAACAUUAACAGAUAAUUUAAAAUAAAAUUUAUAAUUCUAAUUCUAAAAUGAUCUGAAAAAUUGUUGAGAGAUGAUUUACAACGCAAAUAAUUAAAAGUGAUAGAAAUGUAAAACUUUGCAUCUAAUAAAAAACAAAACUAAAACUUUGAUAUGUCGAAUGUCGAUGAAGUCGAUUAUGAAUCAUUAAAAAACGGAUGUCUGUGCGAAACUUAUGUUCAGAAUGGAUUUUGCGAACAACAAAUCGAACAAAAUUGUCAUUACGUUCAUGGAGAUUUUUGUGUGGAAUGUCAACAAUACGCUCUACAUCCGUUUAAUGAAAAUUUAAGGAAAGAACAUGAAAUCAAUUGUUUAUUCGACAAACUGACACAAAAGUUAAGUAAUCAUACGAUUAAUGAAAUCAAUCAAUCAAUCCAAUGUAUAGAAAACAAUGAACUUAAUGACGAAAUUUAUGAUGAACUAGUUUCAACUUCAAUAUGCCCUCAGUAUGAACAGAAUGGAAGAUGUAAUGAGCAAGAAAAUUACAAUUGUCAACUGAUUCAUGGCGAACUUUGUGAUAUUUGCAAACGUUAUUCAUUACAUCCAUUUUGUGAACUAAAACGCUCAGAACAUGUUAAACAAUGUAUCGAAGAUUUCGAAAAUAAUCGUACAUGUUCAAUUUGUUUUGAAAUAAUUGGUCGAGUUCCCGAUUGUGAUAAUCCAAGUACAAGUCAACAGAUAGUACGAAGUUUUGGACGUUUGGAAAAUUGUAGCCACAUAUUCUGUUGGAAUUGUAUACAAACUUGGCGUACAACAAGUAAUUCACGUAAAUGUCCAGUCUGUCAAAUACCUUCCGAAUCUAUUGUUAAAACAAACAAUUAGAAGAAUUUCAUUUUUUAAAAAUGCAAAAUAAUGAUAAAAAUUUGAAAAAUAAAUUUGAAUUU